CUUGGGAGGGCGCGCAGAAAACCGUCCUCUCAAUUAAUAACGCAGCCGCCGUUAGCGGUGACCGUUGAGGAGGCUCCGCCGUGACCCGGAAGGACUCGGCGGAGGCGGGGAAAUUUUGAACAAUGUGUGCCGAAAACGUUACUUCAAUACAAGCUGCUGCUCUUGCCAAAAGAAUUGGUCCAGCACAUCAGCCCAGUUUGCCAUGCAGCGAGAUGAAUGCUUGUGCUGGCACCACAGGAAGAAGGUGAUUUAAAGGCUGUGGACCAGAAUUCUGAUUUAGAACAAUGGCAGGAAACUGAGCCGACGAACUAGCUUGAUAUUUGGAAAACUGCUUCGUUUGUGAAAGUGAUGUCAUGAAGUAACCUACUGCAGUCUGCUCUGUUAACUUCAUGGGAAAAGAGGUUAAGAGGAACUUUUUAGAAGAAAAUAAGAAUUUUUCCAAACUGAAGCUGAGGACUUGGCAAAAACCCAUAAAAUGUCUCCUGAAUCAAAAAAACUUUCCAACAUAAUUAUUUUGGGAGUCUCAUUUAUGUUUAUAUUCACUGCUUUCCAAACAUGUGGAAAUAUUGCGCAAACUGUUAUCACAAAUUUAAACAACACAGAUUUUCAUGGCAGUGGCUACACAAGCAUGUCUAUUAUUUAUGGAGUAUUCUCUGCAUCAAAUCUUGUAUCACCUUCAGUGGUUGCGAUAGUAGAACCUCAGCUCUCCAUGGUUGUUAGUGGCAUAUUUUAUAGCCUGUACAUUGCAGUUUUUAUCCAACCUACUACAUGGGCUUUCUACACUGCUUCUGUGUUUAUUGGCAUUGCAGCUGCUGUACUCUGGACAGCACAGGGAAAUUGCUUGACUGUAAAUUCUGAUGAAAACACCAUUGGAAGGAACAGUGGAGUAUUUUGGGCACUUUUACAGUCUAGCUUGUUUUUUGGAAACCUCUAUAUAUACUUUGCUUGGCAAGGAAAAACUUACAUAUCAGAGAGUGAUCGCAGAACUGUCUUCAUUGCUCUGACUGUUAUCAGUCUUGUGGGCACAGUUCUGUUCUUUCUGAUUAGGAAACAAGAAGACACAAAAGCCCCAGGGGAGGAAAAUUCUACUAAUGAAAUCCUGGGGGACAGCUUGUCUGCACAAAACAAAGUGACGAGAGCAGUGGCUGCCUUCAAGAAAUCUAUAAAGCUGAGCUUCACCAAAGAGAUCAUGCUUCUCAGUGUUACAACAGCCUACACAGGUUUGGAAUUAACAUUCUUUUCUGGAGUAUAUGGAACAUGUAUUGGUGCUGUGAAUAGGUUUGGCAGUGAAGAGAAAAGCCUUAUUGGUCUCUCUGGUAUUUUUAUUGGUGUUGGAGAAAUUUUGGGUGGAGGAAUCUUUGGUUUACUGAGCAAGAAUAAUCGCUUCGGCAGGAACCCUGUUGUGAUGCUAGGGAUUGUUGUUCAUUUCAUAGCCUUUUAUUUAAUUUUUUUCAACAUGCCAAAUGAUGCCCCUAUUGCUCCUAUGGAAGGAACAAAUGAUGUUGCUUAUAUGAUUCCAAGCAAAGAGGUGGCCAUAUUCUGCAGCUUUCUGUUGGGCCUGGGGGACAGCUGCUUUAACACCCAGCUCCUCAGCAUUUUAGGAUUCCUGUAUUCAGAAGACAGUGCUCCUGCCUUUGCCAUCUUUAAGUUUGUUCAGUCUAUCUGUGCUGCAGUUGCAUAUUUCUACAGCAACUACUUCCUUCUGCAGUGGCAACUCCUGAUCAUGGUGAUUGUGGGCUUCUUUGGAACAAUGACCUUCUUUACAGUGGAGUGGAAAGCAGCAGCAGCUCUUGUUGCCCGUGGCUCAGACUACAGCAGCAUUUGAUCUGGAUACCAUGCCUAGUCCAACGUAAGGAAAAACACAGGCACAUUUAUAGUGAAGUGAUGUGAGAAGGUGAAAAGAUCAGGUUGCUGUGGAGGUUAAGAUGGAGGAAGCUACUACUAAAUCACCAUCAGUCUAAUUGAAUGUGAAACAUGGGAGAAAAAAAAUGCCAAAUUUGAAAGGCUUUUUUUCAUGCUUUAAUCAACUGAGUGUGCUGUGCGUGUUCUUAAAAAUCCAGUAUUAGAAAUGGAAGGAAAUGUAGAGAUCUGUAUGAACAAGUCUGUUCUGAGAUGUACCUUUCAGAAUGUAAUUGCCUAAUUUCACUCUACCAUGCACUACAGAAUUACAGUUUUGCUUUUUCCCUUUUCUAUUACAUUAUUUUUCUUCUGUUCUAGUUCUACAGACAGUUGAAUUCUAGUCUUGAAUGAGUGAUAUUUUUAUAAGGUACAUUAUAUUGCAGAAUGUGCCUGCACAACUGAAAUCAAUUUGUUAUUGACUUGUUCAUCAGUUAGAUACGCAGAAGUAUUUCUGUGGGAAGUGUUGCCUUCUUAUUCUGUAUCACCCAGAUCCUUGCUUCCAAGUCAUUUGUUUAUUAAUCUAUUUCAUGUGCUUAAAUUUUAUCGGAUCUAUGGGUGGGUUUGUUUGUUUGUUUUUAAGAAAGUGGAUCAGAUUGUAGUGUGACACGAAAGAUUUUUACAAGUUACCCUUAGCCAUCUUCAGGAUGUGAUCCUGAAAUCUGUGAAGUAUUGUUAAUGGAAAACAGUCUCUUGGUUCAGCAUCUCAGAAUCCAACUGUGUUGGGAUAGCUGCUGAAACUUUCUCAGGGUAACGCUAUGUGAAGGACCAUAAAACAUGACUUCCCUCCCAGACUCCCAAAUAGUUCUUUUGAGUUUGAUGACAUUUUCAUCAUAUUCUGUGAUGGAAGCAUUGUCUAAGACAUCUAAGUACAAAUAGACUCAGAAUGUGAACUCUAAGAAUAAUCCUGCGGUGUUUCUUCUACUGCAUAGUGUAAAAAUACCUGAAAUGCUUGACUUAAGCUGUUCCUUCAGUAUGUUUUGGGAAAACUGUACUGUAAUCUUAUUCUGCCAAAUAUAAACCUGAGGUUACUAGCAUAGUAACUAUGUUUUAAUGCAAAAACUGUUAUAGAUGAUAGAAUACAGGCAGUGAGUGCAACUCACCUUGAUUUUAUCUGUCUACAUGACUCCGUAGUACUUGCAGUUGUAUUUCUGUCUAGCAGGCAAACAAGAUGCAACCGAGAGUAGGUAUAGAACGCUGAGAAGGUGUUUCUAGACACUCCGUGUAGCUAUUUUUAGUAAAGUACCAUUCACCAACCUUUCUUUACGCACAGUCAGAAUGUUAAUGUCUAUCUUUAAAGACAAUUAAAAAAAAGUCACCUCAGUAUGUGUUAGUAGCUCCUGCACAUUGUAACUACACAGGUGUACCCAAGGUUAAACUUGGUGAAGGGACUAGGGUAUCUUCUGUGACAGAUGCUGUCACUUUGGCUCUCAAAGGACAUGUAACACAACUCCCACGAAGCACAGCCCUCUUCAUGCACAGGGAAACAGCAGAGAGGGAUUAUUUUAAAGGCAUAUAGAAAGAGAUUUUGAAAUUCACUGCAGGUUUUUGCUGUGAGAUCAGUGAAGUGUUAAUGGGAGGAUGAGAGGGCACCUGAACAUUUGGCAAGCAAAGAAAUCCAUGAGGACAGACAGGAGAGAAAGCCUUUAUGUAUUCCCAGGAGAUUUAAUGAAUGAUGUAAAAGAGAAUCAGAUAUAACACACACUUGAGUGAGGGGCUACUGAAGCCAUUCCAAUUUGUCAGACAAACUGAAAAAGCAUUCAGUAUUCAAUCAAUAUGUAUGAUUAAUGUGACUAGCAGCUCUAAUGCCUCUCUCUUAUGCACUCCUGUUAUCUUGUAAGUUGAAGCAUACUAUUUUUAUAUACUGAGCACCAUAAAAAGUAUAAACGAUAGGAUGCUGUUAGUGAUUAGAAUUCUUUUGUUGCUACACAUUUGUAUUUUCUACCAAGUACCAAAAGGGAUAAAAAGCUUUUUUUAAGAUGGGGAAUUACUGACUUUUGUCUCUGAACUUUUCCUGGAACCUGUUUUCCCCUACAUAUCAACGAGAGAAGGAAGACUUGAAAGUUCACAAGGAAUAAUUUUUGUCUUACAGUCCCUCCCCUUAUGGGGCAAAAAAAAAAUUAUUCUCAGGUCUUGUGGUGAUGAGUAAGUUAUAAAUGCUUUUAAAGUAAUGCCAUUUAAUUGUAGCUAGAUUACGGCUCUCAAGAGGUUACUUCUUAAAUUGACCCCUUUUUACUGAUGAACUUCUGUGAUGUUCAUCUGCCAUACAAGAGUUAUAUGAACUAUUUUAUUAGAAAUUAAAGAAAAUUGCUAAGUUUAUGUAGUUUCAAAAGCAUUUUGAGACUGACUUUCAGGGAUACUAAUGAACUAGGACUUGAGGAUUUUCAGUACCUCUGUGAAUCUUGAUGCUUUUUUUUUUUCUCCUUUUUUCUCUGUUCUGCUUGGUCUGACUCAGUAUCAGAUAAUGUUAGAAGGCUGUUCAGAGCUAUUUAUGGGGUCAUUAAAGUGAAGUAUUACUGCUCUGUGACAAGUUUUACAAGAACUCAUGAAAUUCUCAAAACUGCAUCAUGAAUAGCCAUUUUUUUAACUAUUAACUAUGUAAUUAUUGAUUUUGAUACUUGAUCUGAAGAGGCAGUUCUCAGUUAGUCAAGCUGAUCAUGAUGUGAUUGGUUUUCACCUGUUUAUUUGUCUUUGAUUUGUCAGGAGGUGGAAAAAUCUACCCAGCUACAGACAAUUGUUAGUUUGGUCAAUUUUUUUUGUACAGCAAUAUUAAGAAUAGUAAUGCUGACAUCCAUUUAUGAUUCCAUCUCUUGAUCUUUUUAUCAGCAUUUACCAGCCUCCCAUUCAUUUUGCCUCCUUGGCCUUUGAACAAUUUUGUGUUAAUCUGAAUUGGGAGAUUGCUGUUAAAUUAAGUGGGAUUUGAGAAAAAGCUUUUGCUGUAUUUGUGGUACUGUGGCUUUAUUUUAUAUCAGGGGUUUUAUCUUUGUAAGUGAAAUUACACAUUAAGUUGCUUGAGUUUAUUGAAAAGAAGUCUUUCUUUCAUUUGUGGGUGUUUUUUUUUAAUCCUUUCAAGGUGUCUCUUACCCUAAAGUUUAAUAUCUUGACAUAUCACAUCCCCAUCUGGUUUUCAAACAAAUGCUAAAGAGAAAGUAAAACCUGAUAUUCGUGACAUUUGAGUGCCAAAGAAACUGCUACAAAUUAGUAUUUAAUGCAUAUCAUAUAAGCAUAUCUAUAUUUUUGUCUUGCCAUUUGGUUUGCCUUUUGAUAUAUGAAUGUAUGGAAAAAGAAAACUUCUGCAACUGUUGACCUUGUUCAUAAUUAAGUCAUGUGAUUUUACUUCUGUUGUGUUAAUUUCAUUAGGUGCAAUCUGUGUUAGAGAUAAGGAAAAUAACCAUUUAUAAAAUGUUCUUUAUAAAUAAUUCUAAUCUAUAAAUUGCUGGAAAUACAGUUAGACUCAUAAAGGACACCAAAAAGUAAAAAAACCCACCCCAAAACAACAUGAAACUAAACCAAAACCCACUAGGAAACCUCAUAACAUUUUCCAAGGUCUCUCCUGUGGUAUAGUUACUAAAAACAAGUAGUGUUCUACUGGUAUAGUUCUGUCAAUUUUUGUGACCACUUUAUACUGGAAAGAAAUUAUUUUUCUAUAACGUUAUACCGGCAAAUCCCAGCAGGAAGUUAAGUGUGGAAAACCAUAAAUUCAGGACUGUGUGUCAGUGAACCAGACAAAGUUCCACUUGACUUUAAUUGAAUUCCACAAGUUUACUUCGGCUGGGGGAUGUGAUUCCCUGGACACCAGCCUUAGUGCCAGUGAUUAACACUACGGAGGUGGCCUAGCAGCGUGCCUCUGAAGAGUAGGCGUGUAUGCAGAGAACCCCAAGGAUUCUUUUAAGGCACUGAUUAAUUCUUUGCUGUCAGUAUAAUUAGGAGCCACUAUGUUCAACAUCGUGCUACUAGACACAGUACUCAACUUUAACUGGAAUUGUGCAAGUAUGUUAGUUAGGACAGGGCUUUACAAUCACAAUCAUUCAUUUUUCUAGUGAAAUGCGUUUUCAAAACCUUUAUCCAUAUCACUGUUUUCCUUGCAAGUUUUGUAGCCCCACUUAUGCUGAUUGAAUAGCAGCAGUAGUUAAUACCGUAUUUUCCUUGUUCCCUGCUGGGUCUUCUAACAUGCUGGCAGAAAUAUUAAUAAAUGGGGGAAUUUAGAUAGAGAUGAAGUUAAGAAGUUAGCUGCUUAGCAAGAUACUUGCCAUGCUGAUACAACCACACUGGUUCAGAAGCAAGGUUGAUUGAGACUGUUGUAGUUUUCAUGGGUAAAUUCAAAACUAUGCUUUGAUAAGCUUAAUUUUAGAGGUUGUGCUAGUACCACAGAGAAGUAAUGUGAGAGUGGAGGAAACAUCCUUAGAGUGCAAGAGUGAUCAAAGCUGGAACUGAGAAGAAUUCUCAGUGGGCACAUGAAGGGGGUGCUUUGUUCAGUGGAGUUUGGGCAUUUAGCUGCUGCUGGCAUUGGCUCUAUUAGUUUCAUACUUUCUCUCUUAUCUUAGUUAUUUCAGCUGUUGACGUGUCCUUCUCCAAGCUGGCGCCUCUCUUUUGUUUACAUUUUGACACUGUGCAGAAGUUUGAAUGAUUGAAACCUUUUUACCUUAAUAAAAGGUGUCUUUGGGUUAGAACUGGUGAUAAUUGGGAACAGGCUCACACAGUGAUUUAUCCUAAUGAAAAUGCUGAUUUCGAGUGUACUUACCCUUCGUGUAUUUCUUUUCAUGGACACAGCCACGUAAAUAAAAGUGAAUUACAGACAAUGAUUUUGUUAA